CUCACUAAAGCGAGCAAAGACAUUUCGUCAUUCUGGCGGAGGAGGGAAAACCUCAGUGCACAAGUCACCCGGAGAAAGAGUGGGAGAUGGAUGCAGAAGCAGAAGAUAAAACGCUACGCACCCGCUCUAAAGGAACCAAGGUGCCAAUGGAGUCUCUAAUCCAGGAGCUGAGCGCUGCCUACGAUGGCUCCCCAGCCAAGAAGAGGAGGGCUGGAGAGCCGGCGCUGGGGGUCCCGGUCAACAAGAGGAAGUCCCUGCUCAUGAAGCCCCGACACUACUGCCCCAGCGUGGACUGCGAGGAGGGUCGCGCCAAGCGGCCGGAGGCGGAGGGGCAGGACGGCCCCCAGGAGACCAAGCACCCCCCCAGCGCAGAAGAGAUCGUGAUAAAACCUGGGGGUGAGACACUUCACUCGGCUGCACAGGAAAACUCCGAGGGGAAGGAAGACACGUAUGGCUGUUACCGAGAGCUGGUGGUCAAAUCUUUAAUGCACUUGGGGAAAUUUGAGAAAAAUGCAUCCGUGCAGAUGGCAAGUGAAAACUUAAAUGACAGCGGCAUCCAGUCUCUACGAGCCGAGGGGGACGAAGCCGACGAGUGCUUUAUGAUUCAUUCCGACGACGGAGGAGACAAAACCGAGGACUCCCGGCUGCGGUUCUGCUCCUCCUCCGACAACGAAAGUAACUGUGAAAGUGCGGAGAAUGGCUGGGACAGUGGCUCCAACUUCUCAGAUGAAACCAAACCUCAGAGAGUCCCAAAGUAUGCAUUAGAGGAUGAUCGGAAAGACCUCUUGGAAGCCCCCGAAAUAAAGAUGGAAGGCGACGAGUUUCUCUCUUGUGAAAACGCGUGUGAUUCGGCGGCAGAAAGGAGAGACCCGGAGGAUGCUCAGGUGGACCCGACGGAGGGCAGAGCCCAGCCCUCGUUCCCCGGGAGGAAGGGCGAGGACCUCGGGUGCCCGGCAGCGGGGCCAGGGGAGGCUGUGGACCUGGAGAAAGCGAAGGGGAACUUGAGUUUGCUGGAACACGCCAUUGCCCUGCAGGCCGAGCGAGGCUGCGUUUUCCAUCACACCUACAAGGAGCUGGACAGGUUUCUCCUGGAGCACCUCUCCGGGGAAAGGAGGCAAACCAAAGUCAUCGACGUGGGCGGAAGACAAGUCUUUAACAAUAAACAUUCACCGAGGCCUGAAAAGAGGGAGACCAGGUGCCCCAUCCCCGGGUGCGACGGCACGGGGCACGUGACGGGGCUGUACCCCCACCACCGCAGCCUUUCGGGGUGCCCCCACAAAGUGCGGGUCCCCCUGGAGAUUCUUGCCAUGCAUGAAAAUGUGCUCAAGUGCCCCACCCCGGGAUGCACAGGACGAGGGCAUGUCAACAGCAACCGCAACACGCACAGGAGUCUUUCUGGUUGUCCAAUUGCUGCAGCUGAAAAAUUGGCGAUGUCCCAGGACAAGAGUCAGCUAGAUUCUCCACAAACCGGGCAGUGUCCUGAGCAGACUCACAGGACAAGCUUGGUCAAGCAAAUCGAAUUCAAUUUCCGAUCACAAGCCAUCACCUCUCCCAGAGCCACCGGGUCAAAAGAGCAAGAGAAGUUUGGAAAAGUACCUUUCGAUUAUGCCAGUUUCGAUGCCCAGGUUUUUGGUAAACGGCCCCUGGUACAAACAGGUCAAGGACGAAAAACACCACCGUUUCCCGAAUUGAAGCAUUUUUCCAAUGCAGGGAAAUUUCCUAAUCGACUGCCUAGUGCAGGCGCCCACACACAGAGUCCACGGCGUGCCAGCUCAUAUAGCUACGGUCAGCGCGGGGAAGACACCCACGUGGCAGCAGCUGCCAUCCUGAACCUCUCCACCCGCUGCAGGGAGGCCGCAGACAUCCUCUCCAGCAAACCACAGGGUCUGCAUGCCAAGGGAGCCGAGAUAGAAGUGGACGAAAAUGGCACGUUGGACUUGAGCAUGAAAAAAAGCCGAAUCCUGGACAAGGCUGUGCCCCUAACUGCCACCAACACUUCUGUUCCAACCCCUUCCUCCUCCCCGUUCAAAACAAGCAGCAUUUUGGUCAAUGCCGCCUUCUACCAGGCCCUCUGCGACCAGGAGGGCUGGGACAUGCCUGUCAACUACAGCAAGGCGCAUGGGAAGACAGAGGAGGAAAAAGAGAAGGACCCAGUGAGCUCUCUAGAAAAUUUGGAGGAAAAGAAGUUCCCUGGAGAGGCCGCCAUACCAAGCCCUAAAGCCAAGCUCCACGCAAGAGAUCCCAAAAAAGAACUAAUCACCUGCCCGACGCCGGGAUGCGACGGGAGCGGCCACGUCACUGGAAACUACGCGUCCCAUCGCAGCGUGUCCGGAUGUCCUCUGGCGGAUAAGACUCUGAAAUCCCUCAUGGCCGCAAACUCUCAGGAGCUGAAGUGUCCGACCCCAGGCUGUGACGGUUCAGGACACGUGACGGGAAACUACGCCUCCCACAGAAGCCUGUCCGGCUGUCCUCGCGCCAGGAAAGGUGGUGUCAAGGUGACUCCUGCAAAGGAAGAGAAAGAGGACCCUGAACUCAAGUGCCCUGUGGUCGGGUGUGACGGCCAAGGUCACGUGUCGGGUAAAUACACCUCCCACCGCACGGCUUCCGGCUGUCCCCUGGCCGCCAAGAGACAGAAGGAGAGCCCGCUCAAUGGGGCACCCCUCUCCUGGAGGCUGAACAAGCAGGAGCUUCCGCACUGCCCCCUGCCUGGCUGCAACGGCCUGGGCCACGUCAACAACGUCUUUGUCACCCACCGGAGCUUGUCUGGAUGUCCUCUCAACGCGCAGGCCAUCAAGAAGGGCAAGGUCUCAGAAGAACUAAUGACCGUCAAGCUCAAAGCAAGUGGAGGUAUAGAGAGUGAUGAAGAAAUCAGGCACUUGGAUGAAGAAAUAAAGGAGCUGAACGAGUCCAAUCUUAAAAUUGAAGCGGAUAUGAUGAAACUCCAGACUCAGAUCACGUCGAUGGAGAGCAACUUGAAGACAAUAGAGGAGGAGAACAGACUGAUAGAGCAGAGCAACGAGAGCCUGCUGCAGGAGCUGGCGGGGCUGAGCCGGGCCCUCAUCUCCAGCCUCGCCGACAUCCAGCUCCCGCAGAUGGGGCCCAUCAGUGAGCAGAAUUUCGAGGCCUACGUCAACACGCUCACAGACAUGUACAGCAAUCUGGAGCGGGACCAUUCCCCGGAGUGCAAGGCUCUGCUGGAGAGCAUCAAACAGGCGGUCAGAGGCAUCCACGUGUAGGAAGGACCAUGCACUGAGGGUGGGGGCUCGCCCCCGCAGCCACGCCGCCGGAUGUGACCGGGGCUCGCCGCUGAGGCGGGCAGGUGCCGCCCUGCGUUUACAACUGCACCAUUGCACUAAUUCUCCCCCAGCUGACGUGAAAAGGAAAAAAAAUCUAUGAUAAACUCUUUGGAUUAAACGCAAUGCAGUCAAAUAUUAGAUCUUAUUUAUUUUCGUAUGUUUUUCUUUUGUUUCUUCAUUGCACUCUCUCUGGGUUUUUCUUUUUGUAAAGUAUAUGUAAGAUAAAUGUGACAUUUUUAUAUUUUAUUUAUUUCUAAUCAAAGAGUUUUUUUAUCUUUAACUGCAUUUUGAAGUCUGCCAUAUUUUUACAAGUGUGUUUAUUAAUUUAUUUUCCAAUAGAAUUUAAAUAGAAAUACUAUUGUCAAAUCACAUAUCUUGCUGGGUUUAAAUGAAAGACGGAAAAGUAUGAAGGAAAUCCUUGUCUAAGGACUGCACUAGGGUCCAGUUUGAUUUUUAUUGCACACUUCUGCCCCCUCCCCCCUCACUGGCUUCAUAUUUAUAAAUGCGCUUGGGCAAGGUGCACACAAGGUAAAGGACGCCCACUGGUGGGGUGUGCGCCCUCACAGAAGCACAGGAGACUGGAAAUCAGCCGGUUCUGAAUUUGUCAGCAAUAAUUAAAUAGAGCAAUCAGCAAAGGAUUCGACUUGGCUAUGGAGUUUCAGUUAAAAUGAAUUAUUUGUUUGGAACGUUUUAAAGGAGCAAGGUUUUUAGUGACGCAGAUUUGUCUAUUUGUUUUUCAAGUUAAAUCAGAUAGUUGGCAACUCUUACCCCAAGACAAGAAGGAAGACUUGAUGUGACCGGCCAGGCUUUCCUGCCCCACGUUGGUACAACGCACAAGGGGUGAUGACGUAGGUUUGUACUUGGCAAAUGCAAACGCAUCCAAAUGGAAAACCGUGUAGAUACCAAAUCCCCUGAAAUAGCAUUUAUCUUACUGGGUUGACUGGAAAGGAAUGGAAAAAAUAGUCACACUUGCAAAAAUGUUACCCGGAUCUCAGUCGUUGCUUUGAGCGCUGGCGACGCUGUCUCAGCCUCCCUCGACAACCAGACAGCAUCCAAGUUGGUAGAAGUCUUUCUGCGGGGCUACACGUGCUGCACAGUACACACACGCACGCCCACAGGCACACACCCACACACACUCACCGACACGACGUUGAGCCCGCGACCUUGAAUUUCCGGAUGGAUCAGAGUUUAGUAGUUGCUAUCGUAAAGGCAAUGUCUAUUUCAGGGAUUGUAAAGUAGUUAAGCAUUGUUUCAAAAGUUUUUUUAUAUUUAUUUUUUUUAAGAAGAAGGUAUAGACAACCAGCUCAACUGCCUUUCUGCUGUGCACACACGCCUGGUGUGCGACGUGCCUCCGUGUAAAUGGGCUUGAUUUCUGUGCUGUGACAAAGUGCUUAUUUUUCCUAGCCUCAUGGACGUGUGCACUGAAUGCAAUGGCACUCACAGGCUUGCUGUGUUCCGCUGUAGUUGCCGCUACGGCACAGACUGAAGUACCGCGGACAGCGACUGCACCCCGUGACACUGCGGUCGGUGCUCUGUGCUACGUGGGGCUGAUCUUCGGUUUGGGGUUCAUUUGAAUCCUCGACUCCUAGUCUAGUGAAAAUGAGAUGUCUGUUCUUAGGUAGGAACGGUGUUUAUUUAAAAAUCAACUUAAAAAAAAAGAGCUACCAUAUGUGCUGUCUAUUAUAAAUGAGACACCAAACGAAAUUUUCUAUUAAAGUUAUGUACUUGCAGACAUUUUACUAUACGAUACUUGAUAGUUGCAUACAAAUGAGUUCACUUAUUACAAAGACAAAAGUUUAAUUUGCUAAAUAUUUUAACAAGUUUGUUAUAUAUUUUAUUUAAUUUAAAAGAAAUCUCUUACCAACCUAUGUAUUUAUUGCCAUAAUUUACUAUGACUUCAGGUUAAUUGGUUUGUGUUUGCCUAGUUCGGACAGGAUGUUUUGUGACGUACGUUUGUAUUUAUUUGCCUCCUUUGUACUUGAUGUGUUUUGUAAUGUGCACUGAAACUUUUUUUCCUUUCAACUAUGUUAAUGAUCGAUACUGUAAAUCGGGUCUUUUGUAAACAACAAAAAGGCAAUGAUGUAUGCAUUUUUUUUAAUUUGAAGUAGUUUGUAUACUGUUUCUUCAAACAAUUAAUAUUUCUUACAUCAAAGCAACCAAUUGUGUUCAGUGCUGUACAUUUGGUGUAUGGUAGGAAAUAAAAAUUGAUAAUGA